AUGGUGUUGGAACAGGCUAAGGGAAACCGAGAGCACAGGAGAGCUUUGCCUGCAUCCCUUUCAGGACAUGGGAACCAGCCACCCCUCCACCCACUGCUGUGGGGCGGCUCAGACGCCACCUUCCAGAGGGCUGGGGCCAGCAGGCGGGACCCUGGGGGUACUGAAGGUCUCAGUGUCAUUCCAGUGGCUCAGGGUGCCUGCAAGUCCCCAAUUUCUGUCUGUCUUUCUGCUCCGCCCAUCACAGUGUGUUGGCUUUUCAUCCUCAUGUGGCGUGCUCCAGGCCUGGAAGGGAAUAGCUGCAGCACCAGGCGUCACAUCUUGAUAGAGGAAAAAGGAGGGGCAGGCAAGUCAGCACGAUGUGAAGCUUUCUUGGUAGAGGGUGCCGGAAAGACUCUGCAGGGGGAAGAAGAUUCUUGUAUUCGUAAUUUCAGCAUUAGUGGGCUUGGUGAGAUGGACGUGUGGUCAUCUUGCCCCAGCUGUGGGGCCCAGAACGUGGUCCACCUGCGACCUUGUAGCCUUGGCCUAGGGAGAGCCUUUCUGCAGCCUUGUCUAUUUGGAAACCAGAGCCCCACAUGGUCCACCCCCUGCUCUGAAGGCUGCUGCCUGGACCAACGCCAGACUUCCCCCAGCAAGCCCCUGUGCAGCCUGCACACAGCCACCGGGGCCUGGAGCACAGAGCAGGGGUUCCCUCUGCAUCUUAGUCUGUUUCUGCUGCUUAUAACCGAAUACCUGAACGUGCAAAUUCAGGAAGCGGUCAGGGAGAGAAUCUCUCUCAGCCAGACACCAGCUUUCUCGGAGCCUGCUGCGGAGGAGUCUCCAUUCACUGAGACCACAGCAAAUUCCUUCCCCGACUUAGGAGGCGUCCACGAGGAAGAUGCAUCCUUGGCUCAGUACCCGGAGGUUGAAGGCUAUAUGCAAGGCCCACAGGAUAAAGAAAAGCAAGACAGAGAAGGCAACACACAUGGAGAUUUCUGGGAAGACCUAAAACAUGAGCUUAGCAUCCCAGGAGCCAAUGAUGAAACUAUGUCCCCAGGUGCAAUCUCAGGGCCUCUCCCCGAGGAUGCCAGCGUGGACCCCAGGGAGCCUGAGGCUCUCUCUGUUGCUGCCCCUGAACCCACAGAUAGCACCAUCACCCUGGAAAUUGUGUGCGCUGGGCCACAGGGCAGAGAGGCAGCGUGCGUGUUGGAGUGUUUUGAAGCCGGUGGCCAAGGAACAUGUGACACCACGGAUUCUCCUGGUGAGGCGCCACUCGAUAAAUAUUUACCUCCAGAAAUCUGCUCCACGGGCUUUGAGCUGGCAGAGGGUCACAGCGAAGUGUCUGAUUUAUGUUCUCCUGAUGCCGAAACGCUGGAAGUUUUUUUUCCAACACGAGGUUCUGAGACUCCACAGUCUACACGUGAAGGCAGCAGGGACAAAAACUCGGCCGUGUCCCCUCUCUUUGUCAGUACUUUCACCUGGAACAUUUCACGCAAGGCCAGUGAAGGUGAAAGUCCCUCUGAGGUGGAGAAUUCCUGCUCCACGCUGGCCUCCGCGGUGGAGGCUGGGCGGGAGAGGCCGAGCCCCGGCAACUCAGGGGGGCUCGAGCGGACACAGCUCCUUUCUUCUGAGAACAGCUCUUCCGCGCAGCUUAAGGAGGGAGGUGAUGGGAGCCCCAAUGCCAUUGCCACAGACACCACAGACGUGCCAGCCAGUCAUAGUUCCGUGGUGAAGUUCCCUCAGGAGACACCAACAACAUCAGCCGCUCAUAUUGAGUGUCUCCAGGUGACCGAGGAAACUGAGGGCACGUCGACGGUUACCAUUGCCCCCAAAGUCCACCCAGCCAAAUACCUUGCUGUUUCCCUGGCAGAGAACAGGCAUGUACCAGAUGAACACAUUUCCCAGUUUCCUUCCAACGUACAGUGGGGUCAUAUUUUAAGUGGUUCCACAACCAGAUCUACCAAGGAGUUACUUUGCGGGGCACUCGGGGUUCCAGGGGUUUGCAGCCGUGUUCCCCCGCUCCCGGAGGGAGAGGGUUUCUGCAGCCAUUCCCGCCUCCACAUGGAUCUCCCGUCCAGAGGUAAGAGCCAGACCGUGGGCCGAGCAGACAGUGGGAGCCUUGACGAGAGUUUCCGAGAAGGAGGAAGUGAGACAGAGCCGAGGACCCCGCAGGACAGCCUGCCCUGCCAGGCUUCUCUUUCUGCGGAUGAGACCCAAGAAAGCUGGCCCAUGACGUUUGCCGCACAAGAGGCAAUAAACUCAGUGCCCUUGGACCACUCAUCAGCAAGCUCUAGGGAAGGAAGAGGGCAGAACUCAGGCCUGGGGACACGUGUCCCUGUGGUGGCUGGCGUAACUGUGGAAGAAGACGGUCAGGGUCUGAGCAAGGUUCCACCUCCCACUGACAUCCUGCUGGAGGAGUCUGAAGAGCCCAGACCAGGGAAAGGGGAAGCAGGCAGCAUGCUGAAGAUUGUAGCUCUAGAGCCUUCUGUUUCAGAACUCUGGCCACAAAAACCACCGACGAAUUCUGAGGGCAAGGAGUCAGAAGCUGGUCCCCUGAUUCCCGACAGGGCCUGGGCUGCAUCUGACAUUCUACAGGCAGAUGCUUCUGGGCUCAAGCCAGACCCUUCUGAGACGGCGGCAUCGGCUCCCAGUGCUCUGGGUGCCGACGCAGCCCUUGCUGGUGUCAUAAAAACCCAUCGAGGUAAAGAACCAGCCGUCAGAGCACACGGGAGCUGUCUUUCUUCCCUGGAUUUGAGCCAACCCGGACUCCUGGAGUCAUCCAUGGACCCUGUGGAUGAAAAGGAACUGUGUGUCUAUGUUGCAGAUUCACCGUCGGAGGCUUCUGAAACUGGAGGGAAAAAACGUGCUCACAAGGAGAGUCAAGACCAGGAGGGAAAGCGAGUCAAGGUGGCUCGCCCUGCCUUCUUUAAACAGUUGCUGACCUGCUCUAAAAUCCUGGAGUCCUCUGUGGACCCCACUGAUGAAGACGAUGGUGUGGCAGGGGGCACGGGGGCUCAAGAGCCAGAGCCUUCUGAAGCCGCACUUGGGGGCGUCAGAGAGGGGAGUGAAUCGAAUGGCGGGAACCUGGGCCAGAGAGCGGAAGUCCUGCCUGCGGACUGGCAUGUCCCACAUCCUGACUGGCAUGUCCCUCAUCCUGACGAGGAAGGGGAAGGAAUUCCACGUGGCUGCAGCAUGAGCCAAGUCCAAGAAGGCAGUGACAGGAGCUUGGGGGAGGCUGGACAAAGCAAAAAGGACAAAGCAGAGUGUAUUUCCCCCACUGCAGCUCUUUCUAGUUGUCUUGCAACGAUGACUCAUGCAUCUGUCAGGGUUAAUACUCACAAGUCUACAAGCCAAGUCCAUGUGGUCCCUAAACAUGACUUAGAUGUGCCCAGAAACCAUCCAUAUGUAUUUUCUGACUCAAAGGAGAGGGGAACUAUUGAGAAUGAGUGUGGGGGUCAUUUUCCCUCUUCUAGUGAUCUUAAGAGGUCACCUUGUACUUCGUCUCCUCAAGGAGACCUGGCCAACUUUUCAAUAAGCCACAGAAUUGAGGAACCUAAAAUGGAGGAGCCUCAGAUUGGAGAAACCAAACCCCUGACCUCGUCAGACUCCCCAGCGAUGACUUUGGCAUCCGUUUCAGGAGACUGUGAGUCAGAGAAAGCCCCUAAGUUCCUGCAGGACCCACGUCCAAAGGGCGCUCUGGGCUGUGUGAAAAGGUCAAGGGCAGCCCAAACUGGCAAAUUCCCAGGGGCCCCACCGGCAGUGGCUGGGUCAGAGGAGGUCGGGAAGAAGCAAGAGACCUCAGGAAGCGGACAUUUAGCUGAGGGAAUAAAGAAGAAAGUUCUGUCCAGGGUGGCAGCCCUGAGGCUGAGACUGGAAGAAAAGGAAAAUGUCAGAAUGAAGUCGAGCUUUCUUAAAAAGGUGCCUAAACUUGAAAGGUCCUUGUCACACACGGAAGAGAAAAAAGACCCCAAAAAGCCAUCUUGCAAAAGAGAAGGAAAAGCUCCAGUAUUACUGAAAAAGAUCCAAGCCGAGAUGUUCCCUGACCACUCCGGAAAUAUAAAAUUAAGCUGCCAGUUUGCAGAAAUUCAUGAAGAUUCUACUAUCUCGUGGACAAAAGAUUCAAAGUCAAUAGCCCAAGUGCAGAGAAGUGCAGGGGACAAUUCCACUGUCUCCGUUGCCAUCGUUCAAGCCAGUCAGAAGGACCAGGGCCUCUAUUAUUGCUGCAUCAACAACAGUUAUGGAAAAGUGACUGCUGAAUUCAACCUCACGGCUGAAGUUCUGAAACAGCUCUCGAGUCGUCAGGAUACUAAAGGAUGUGAAGAGAUUGAAUUCAGCCAGCUCAUCUUCAAAGAAGACUUCCUCAACGACAGGUACUUUGGCGGCCGCCUGCGGGGCCAGAUUGCCACGGAGGAGCUGCAUUUCGGAGAGGGGGUGCACCGCAAAGCCUUCCGCAGCAAGGUGAUGCGGGGACUCACGCCUGUCUUCAAGCCUGGCCACGCCUGCGUGCUCAAGGUGCACAACGCCGUGGCCUACGGGACCAGGAACAACGAAGAGCUCGUCCAGAGGAACUACAAACUCGCCGCCCAGGAAUGCUACGUUCAAAACACCGCCCGAUACUAUGCCAAGAUCUACGCGGCUGAAGCGCAGCCUCUGGAGGGCUUCGGAGAAGUGCCUGAGAUCAUUCCUAUUUUUCUCAUUCAUCGGCCUGAGAACAACAUCCCUUAUGCAACAGUGGAGGAGGAGCUGAUUGGAGAAUUUGUGAAGUAUUCCAUCAGGGAUGGGAAGGAAAUAAACUUCUUGAGGAGAGAAUCAGAAGCCGGCCAGAAAUGUUGUACCUUCCAGCACUGGGUCUACCAGAAGACAAGCGGCUGCCUCCUGGUCACAGACAUGCAGGGUGUAGGCAUGAAGUUAACUGACGUUGGCAUAGCAACGCUGGCUAAAGGGUACAAAGGAUUUAAAGGCAACUGUUCCAUGACCUUCAUCGAUCAGUUUAAAGCACUACACCAGUGUAACAAGUAUUGUAAAAUGCUGGGGCUCAAAUCCCUUCAAAACAGCAACCAGAAACAGAGGAAGCCGAGCAUCGGGAAAAGCAGGGUUCAAACAAGCUCUGCAACAAUGAAGAAGACAGAAUCUGGGACCCCAGCAGAAAAGAAAACCUAACGUCCCUCAUUAACUAAGGACUGAGGGCUGGCAGCACACGGUCUUGUGAGUGGACAUCAGAAAACACACCAGAGAGGACACGCAGCCUGCAGAGAGGGUGUGACAAUCUUGACUCCCAGCUGACUGUGCUCCAGGAUGCUUCUAAACCCAGUCACCUGCUGUCUUCCCUGGAAUGAUUUUGGAACAGGAUUUGUGACCAGAUUUAUGGCGAAACUGAAUCAAUCGUCAGUCUCAAAGACAAUCUAUUCUUUGUAUACACGUUUAGAGUUUUUAUCAACCUCACGUCGUGUGUCUAUUUGUGCAUUUACACGUGGUUGUGUUGUCAAGGACUUGGUGCUGAGCAGGGUGUAUCCAAACUCCCUCCCCCCAACACCAUUCCUAACCUCAGGCUUUCUAGAUGCGUCCUGCCACGAUGUAAACAGAAAUCACGAAUUCCCCACUGCGUCGAGUUGUCGCACUAACGUCCAAUACGCUCUUGUUGCUGCAGGUGGGUUCUGAAACAUAAAGCCAUUUCCCACCAUUAGUCACACAGCCAGGUACAAUUUUCUGUUUAAUUAAAUUCAUAU